AAAAGAGGUUACCCGUGAGGUAACUACUCCGAGACUGACCGUGUAGAAGGAUAAAAAUUUUUCAAGGGAAAGAUAAUAGCAGCAUUUUAGUAAACUAUGGCGAAUGCCUGGAGUCUUGCGCCAUAUUGAACAAUAAUAUAAUUCCCGUAUGGCAUAACUGGGGUAGGUCGUAGAUGUAUGAGAUCCUAAAGUAAACGUUCACAUGUUCUCUAAUCUGUUGUGCCAUAUGCAGAUCCAUGCUCCUUUAAUUUUUUAAAAAUGGAUUCCUCCGAAAAAGAGGGACUUGUUGAUGAAUCUGUGCCGUCCCAAAAUUCCGCCAGCAUUUCAAACAAGAGCAAUUUUGAUUCGGCAGAAAUCUGCAAGAAAUGCAGUCUUUUCUCAGUCUUUCUUGAGCCUUUUCAAUGGUUGCAAAUGCUAUCUUCCCAGCUAGAUUCAACUUUCAUCUUUGGCAUAGUCCUCGUCUAUGGCCUCAGCCAAGGCUUCUCUGGCUCUUUCUUCAAAGUAGUCUCAGACUACUAUUGGAAAGAUGUUCAAAAAGUUCAGCCGUCAGCGGUUCAAGUAUACAUAGGCCUAUACUAUGCUCCAUGGAUUAUGAAACCUGUUUGGGGUUUAUUCACUGAUGUUUUUCCUAUAAAAGGCUAUAGAAGAAGACCAUACUUUGUCGUUGCUGGUGUUCUUGGGGGUGCCUCUGCAUUGAUGGUUGCUCUUACUGGUAACUUGCCUGCUGCUUUGGCACUGGGUUGCUUGGUAGGGGUUGCAGCAGGCAUGGCAAUAGCAGAUGUUACAAUUGAUGCGUGUAUUGCAAGAAACAGUAUUGAGGUCCCAUCAUUGGCUCCAGAUAUGCAGAGCCUUUGUGGAAUUUGCUCCUCUGCGGGGGCUUUAAUUGGUUACUCCACCAGUGGGUUUUUUGUUCACCAUCUCGGAGCUCAGGGAGCUUUGGUUCUUUUGGCUAUCCCGCCAGUUUUUAUCAUAUUGUUGGGCUUUGUGAUUUAUGAAAGGAAAUCUUCCGGCCUUCACUCUGAGAAGCAGAAGGCAAUGGAAACCUUAGGGGUGGCCAUAAGGGGCAUGCAUCAGACAAUCAAGUUCCCUCAGGUAUGGAAGCCAUCGCUAUACAUGUACCUCUCUUUGGCUCUCAGUAUCAGUACUCAUGAAGGGCAGUUUUACUGGUACACUGAUCCAAAGGCUGGACCAGCAUUUUCUCAGGAAUUUGUCGGGGUCAUAUAUGCAAUUGGUGCAAUGGCUUCAAUGGUAGGGGUAUUGAUCUAUCACAAGACACUAAAAGACAUCCCAUUCAGAAACCUACUCUUUUUUGCCCAACUCCUUUAUGGCACAUCCGGAAUGCUGGAUCUGAUCUUCAUCCUUAGAUGGAAUUUAGUCCUUGGAAUUCCAGAUUACUUCUUUGUUAUCAUGGAAGAAUGUGUCUCAAGAAUUAUAAGCAGAAUAAGGUGGAUUCCCAUGAUUGUAUUAAGCACAAGGCUUUGCCCUCUAGGCAUUGAAGGCACAUUUUUUGCACUGUUAAUGUGCAUCGAUAGCCUUGGUUCCCUGACCUCCAAAUGGGGUGGAGGAGUUGUUCUUCAUAUAUUUGAUGUAUCCAGGACAGAUUUUACAAACCUGUGGAUGGUUAUUCUCAUUAGAAACAUUAUGAGAAUUGCGACUCUAGGUUUGAUUUUUCUUGUCCCCAAAGCUGACCAGUCAGAUGCUUUGAUUCCGCCAGAUAUUUUAACAUCGGCUGUAACCUCCCAUAAUGAGGGCUUGGAGCUUGUCCCUAUGAAUGACCAAGGAUGAAGUCUAGUUGUUGUUCUUUUAUAUAUUUAUAAAUUAUAGGAAAACCAUUAUCAACUGUCGAUUGCAUCAUGCUCAUAAGUCAAGAAUUUUAAAAUUCCCUUCUCCAGAGUCCACUGCUCAAGUUUCCAUGGCUUCCCAGACUAAUUCUU